AUGCCUCCUCGAAGCAGACAUUUCCACACGCGAGAGCCCUUCCAACAUGACAACAGACUGACACUGGAACGCGCCGAGGGGCCCUUCAGCUUCCUCAAUCCGACCCGGGCUCAUUUCAACCACUCCGGAACGACUUCCAAGGAAACCCCGGAUGAUGUCGAGACGUCGCAGGAAAACGUGCAUCAUGCAGCCGGGCACCACACGCCCAAGCGCUAUUCCGAUUCCGACGUGCCCGCCAAAAAUGUCAGGUUCCUGUGGCGGUCACGGGACAAUCGCAAAGGUCGACAUCCCUUGCUCGUCCAGAGACCGAAGCCUGGUGAAGAGGCCUAUUUUGUGACUCCGAGGCGGACGUCGGACCCGAGAGAGGUUCUGAAAACCGUUGUCAAAACCAUGACGUACUUUCCAGUCUGGGACAUCUCGUGGCUCGUGGCUUUUAUAUUUACAUGGGGGAGUGUCGUCUGGGUUUUGAAUGGUUUCUUCGUCUGGCUUCCAGUUGUCGCCCCCUCGACGGAGUUUGACGGCGAAGUAUAUUACGGUGGAGGGGUCACAGCAUUCAUCGGCGCCAUCCUGUUCUUCGAAGUGGGCUCGAUCCUCUUGAUCUUCGAGGCCAUCAAUGCCAACAACACCGGCUGUUUCGGCUGGGCCGUGGAGCAACUGUUGGACGACGACGAGCAGCAGCAGAAAGACGGUAUCGCCCGCCUCCGCGUCGUCGCCAACCGCCACCACUGUCACCACCACCACCAGAAUCGACGCAAUUUCGUCGGCAAGCCCUCGACCCUGACCGUCUCCGAAGCGCAACCACCUCCCAAGGGCGGCGGCAAGAAGGCCUGGCAAUGGUUCCCGUCGUGGCACGACCUGCGGACGCACUACCUCCACGAGUUGGGCUUCCUGGCCGGGUCGGCCCAGCUCUUUGGCGCGACCGUCUUCGGCAUCUCGGGCAUCACCGCCCUGCCCGGCAUCAUCAACCACCUGACGCCCGAGUGGCGGCUUAACGCUGCGUACUGGAUCCCGCAAGUGAUCGGCGGCAGCGGCUUCAUCGUCAGCAGCACGCUGUACAUGCUCGAGACGCAGCAAAAGUGGUACAAGCCGGCGCCGCACCUCUUGGGGUGGCACAUUGCGUUUUGGAACCUGGUGGGUGCGUUUGGCUUCACGCUCUGCGGCUGUCUGGGCAUGGCGUACAAGAAUUCCGGCGCACAGUUUGAGGCUGGGUUGGCUACCUUUUGGGGCUCCUGGGCCUUCUUGAUCGGCAGCUACCUCCAGCUGUACGAGAGUCUCAACAAGAACCCCGUGGAGGAAGUGUCGACCGACCAAGAAUUUGCGGGGUGA